AUGGGGCUGGUGCGGAACUGCAGCUCAGGCAGCGGCGAGUGUCACCCCGAGGACGCGGCACCAGGAGGAUGGCUGGGGGGCAACCACUCGGCCGUGACCGAGUUUGUCCUCCUGGGCUUCACCGACCUGCAGGAGCUGCUCUUUGUGGUUUUUCUACUCCUCUACAUCACCACCCUGCUGGGGAACCUGGGGAUGAUCGUGCUCAUCCAGGCCCACUCUCAGCUCCACGUGCCCAUGUACUUCUUCCUCAGCCACUUCUCCUUCCUGGAGGUCUGCUACUCCUCCUCCGUCACGCCGAAGCUCCUCUCUGGCCUCCUCGCAGAGAGAAAUGUCAUUUCUUUCCGGGGCUGCAUCACCCAGUUUUGCUUCUUUGCGGUGUUUGGCACCACAGAAGCCUUCCUGCUGGCUGUGAUGGCGUAUGACCGCUUCCUGGCCGUCCAGCAGCCUCUGCACUACUCCUCUGCCAUGUCCCACAGGCUCCUGGGCCAGCUGGUGCUGGCUUCCUACGCCGCCGGGAGCCUCAACGCCCUGGCGCACACCUGCGGCCUCCUCAGCCUCUCCUUCUGUGGGCCAAACGUGGUCAACCACUUCUACUGUGAGCUGCCCCCCCUCCUGCUCCUCUCCUGCUCUGACACCUGGCUCAACGAGGUGGUGAUGGCCACAGCCAUCGGCUUUGUCAUUACCACCUCCCUCUCGGCCAUCGCCGUCUCCUACGCCUGCAUCCUGCUCACCGUCUGCAGCAUGCCCUCCACACAGGGCAGGCACAGAGCUCUCUCCACCUGCACCUCACACCUCGUGGCUGUUGGCCUCUUCUAUGGCCCUGCAGCUUUCUUGUACUUCCACCCCUUCUCCAGGCAGGUGGAACGUCAAAGGAAAGCAGCCUCUGCCGUCUACACCCUGGUGACCCCCAUGCUCAACCCUUUCAUCUACAGCCUGAGGAACAAAGAGGUGAGGAGCAUCCUCAGAAGGGAUGCAAACAGGCUCCUCUCCUACAUCUACUCCCACAGGUCCAGCUCCAGCCAAACCAAAGCAGGCAUCACCUGCCACAGCAGGAGGAAUGAGGUUGGCACCUGA